AUGGUGUUAGGUCGUCCUUUUCUUAGGUCUCUGGCCACUAACAAAUUUUUGACACGUUCACCUUUUACUACGAGGAAGCCUGACUACAGUACCCCUAACUGGUUUCGAGUAGGGCUAGCCUUUGGAAGCAGUUCAGCCAUUUGGAUUCUACUUAUUAAGCAACACAUUAAUGAUGUUGAAGAAUACAAAAGGAGGAAUUUUAAAAUAACCAAGCUGCCUAUCCGAGCAAAAUAUUAUUCAAUUCUGGCAAUCAUUUGGAGAGAGCGAUGGGAGGAGUAUGAGAGUGGUGAGGAGGUGGACAGUAUGGAGGAUGAGAAGACUGCAGUGGUAAAUGAGCUUGUAGCCAAAGCGCAGGUUGUGUAA